CUUUGUUAUCUCGUAAACCACAAACUUGCCAUUGAUGUUUCUAUAAAACCCACCAUUAACCAAAUCAUAUUUGCAACAUAAACGAGCUGUAACACUAAUCAUCGUCUUCAGCCUCUACCUAUCACAAUAAUGGAGGUGAAGUACUACUUUUCUCGUUUGCCCAAAACCCUGCAACACCUUUUUUCUUGUUCCUGUCACAGACUAGGCUGCUUAAGCAGCUCCAUCUACUGUCGAAUGGCCUGUUGGUUUCGGGUUCUGCUGUGUCGGGUCAACUCAUUUCAGGUCGAACUUGUUUAUUUCGUGUCUGUUUCGUUUCUGGGUUUCGGGUUUCUCAAGGCUUUGAAGCCGAAAACUUACCCAUCUUUUAAGCCUAGAGAUUUAGACUUUUUCUUCACCUCUGUUUCUGCAACUACUGUUUCUAGUAUGUCUACAGUGGAAAUGGAGGUUUUCUCCAACUCCCAACUUAUAGUUUUGACCGUCUUGAUGUUCAUUGGAGGCGAGGUGUUCACUUCCAUGGCCGGUCUGUUCCUCAGCCGGUUUAGGGCAAAGAUGCUUCCCAAUGUUGAAGAGAAGGUAGCUUCGGUUCUUAGCAGCCGAAGUUCCUCAACUAAUAAUGAUAUAGAGUUAGGUGAGGUUUCAGUAACAGUAACAGCAAGAGGAACCAAUAAAUCUGUUUCUGCAAAUCCAGAAUCAGAGAAUAUGUCUUUUCCUUGCCGAAAAAACAUGUGGUCAUCAGAUGUUAGAGAUCCCAACUUGGUUUACAAUUCCAAAAAGCUGCUAUCAUACGUAGUGUUGGGAUAUUUAAUGGUGGUUCAAACCGCCGGUACAGCUCUGGUUUAUGUUUACAUGGCGGUUGUGUCAAGUGCAAGAGACGUUCUGAGAAACAAGAAUCUAAACCUACUCACAUUCUCCGCCUUCACGACGGUCUCCACGUUCGUCAACUGCGGAUUCAUCCCAACGAACGAAAACAUGAUGGUUUUCAGCAAGAACUCCGGUCUGCUCCUCAUACUCAUCCCCCAAGCUCUGGUAGGCAACACUCUGUUCCCUCCAUGCCUUCGGGUUUUCACAUGGUUGGUCGGAAAAUUGGCCGUGAAGUCGCCGAAAAGUCGUUAUUACGUCGAUUUCUUGCUGGAGAACACGAAAGAAAUCGGGUACUUGCAUUUGUUUCCGAGCCGGCAGUCGUGGUUUCUGGUAGAAACUAUGGUGGGGUUAGUGGUGAUUCAAUGGGCAAUGUUGGUGGUAAUGGAGUGGAGCUCUGCAGCUUUCGGUGGUUUAAAUUCUUAUCAGAAGAUUAUCGGCGGGAUUUUUCAGAGCGUAAAUUCGAGACAUUCCGGAGAAACCAUUAUGGAUAUCUCUGUAAUCUCUCCCGCUAUUCUGGUUUUGUUCGUCGUGACAAUCGCUUAUGGAAACGUAGGAUUCACGGCAGGUUACAGUUGCAAACGGCGGUUAAAUCCAGACGGUUAUUGCGAGGAUAAAUGGUAUGGAUUUGCCGGAAGAUGGAGUGAUGACGGAAAGAUAAUUUUAAUAUUGGUCAUGAUUUUCGGAAGGCUUAAGAAAUUCAAUAUGAAUGGAGGCAAAGCUUGGAGGAAUCUCUCUUAAUCUCAAUUAAUUAAACUAAUCUUCGCAUUAUGUGGCCUAAUUUUUUCUUUUCUUUUUUUUUUUUUAAGAUAAUGUUAAUUAUUUCUCCAUUUUAUAACAAAACAAAUGUAAAUACUCAUAAAUUUUCCUACCCAAAAUGGAGAAAAUUUUAA